GGUCCAAUCGGCCUUCCGUACACCCGUUCACUGUCAGGCGUGCUCGUCGUUGAGCUUUAUUUUGAAAGUUAUUCCCGUAGCUGCGGCAACAUGGCGAACACCGGCGGAGUGUUAAUGGAUGCUGAAUACAGUUCGAAAACUCAGAUGAGAAGCGACGCAGAGAUAGACAAGAGGCUGGGAGGGACGUUGAUUGCAGUCGGUCUUGGGGUGGCUGCUGCAGGUUUUGCAGGCCGCUAUGCGUUCCAGUUGUGGAAGCCUCUCGGGCAAGUCUUCUCUGAAACUGUCAAGAAGAUGCCCUCAUCAGCUUUCUCAUCGUAUUACAAAGGAGGCUUUGAGCAGAAGAUGUCCAAACGAGAGGCCAGCCUUAUUCUUGGCAUCAGCCCAGUCAGCACUAAGGCCAAGGUACGUGAGGCCCAUCGGAGGAUAAUGGUCCUGAACCAUCCAGAUAAAGGUGGGUCACCGUAUCUCGCUGCUAAGAUCAAUGAGGCCAAAGACUUUUUGGACAAGGAGACCCGGCGAUGACCUGCACUAUUAACCAACACUUUAAAGACUCCCAUCUUCCUGUGCAUGAUCUCAGCUCCGUUGUACUGCACCUGAACCUCCGUUCAGGCUCUUCUCUAGUCAUUAGAGGAGCAGAACAGCUACCAGUAGAGUCUCUAGUGGUGGCAGGGAACAGUACUGCUGCUGGACUCAUCAUGUUCUGUGUAUGAGUGUUUACUGUCAGGACAGAAAGUAUGACAUGAUAAUGUAAUCUAUUUAAAGAACGGUAGAAUAAUGCAUUCAAAUAUUUCCAUGUUUAAAUAGUCACUGUGCAAGUGGUGAAACAUUUUUUUAAAUAAAUUAAAUGUGAAAACA